UCCGCGGCGGUCUUCCUCAUCCUUGAAGGAGUCUAUCGGCGAGCGGCGGGACCUGAACCGAAAUACAUAUCAUUUCAGCUCCCGGAUACCGAACUAAAGUACAUUUCUGCGCUCUGAUCUCGAAGUAGACGUCUUGAGCUUCUUCACGCCGUGAAUGGAUCAUGGAGUGUGUUCCUGCUGUUCUAGAUGAGUUGGACGGUAAAAAGGAGGCGCACAUAGAGGAUCCUGAGUAUAAUGUCUACACCCGCUUUAUGAAGUCCCACCGCUGCUACGACCUGGUGCCCACCAGCUCAAAGUUAGUGGUAUUUGACACGUCUCUACAGGUGAAGAAGGCGUUCUUUGCUUUAGUGUCUAACGGAGUGAGAGCAGCGCCUCUCUGGGACAGCAAGAAACAAUGCUUUGUUGGUAUGCUGACCAUCACAGAUUUCAUCAAUAUACUUCAUCGCUAUUACAAGUCUCCUCUGGUCCAGAUCUAUGAAUUAGAAGAGCACAAAAUAGAAACAUGGCGAGAGGUCUACUUGCAAGACUCCUUCAAACCUCUCGUCAGCAUAUCUCCCAAUGCCAGUCUAUAUGAUGCUGUCUCAUCUCUGCUGAAGCAUAAGAUCCACAGAUUGCCCGUCAUUGAUCCUCUAACAGGAAACACGCUCUACAUCCUGACCCACAAGAGGAUCCUCAAAUUCCUGAAGCUCUUCAAACGCACUCUUGGUGCUUAUGUUAACGAUCUCUCGCAGAUAUCCGAGAUGCCCAAGCCUGCGUUUCUGUCUCAAACGCUGGAGGAGCUGAACAUCGGGACGUUUCACAACAUCGCCGUGGUUCACUCGGAUACGCCGCUCUACGCCGCCCUCGGCAUCUUCGUGGAUCAGAGAGUGUCUGCUCUUCCCGUGGUGGAUGAAAACGGACGGGUGGUCGACAUCUACUCCAAGUUUGAUGUUAUAAAUCUGGCCGCUGAGAAGACGUACAACAACCUGGACAUCACUGUGACUAAAGCCCUCCAGCAUCGCUCGCAGUACUUUGAGGGAGUGCUCACCUGCCGAGCCAAUGAGACGCUAGAGGCCAUUAUCAACCGGCUGGUGGAGGCUGAGGUUCACAGGUUGGUGAUCGUGGAUGAGCAGGAGGUGGUGAAAGGCAUCGUGUCUCUGUCUGAUAUCCUACAGGCGCUGGUGCUCACCAACGGAGACGACGGAAGUGCUUGAUGGAAGUGAAGCAGAACGUCUCUGUAUUUCCUCUUCUCUCAAUAAGCCACAAGCAGUUCCAGAAAAAGGAUUGACGGCACACAGCCAUCCCAAACACAGGAGACAAUAAAAGCACAACCGACUCCAGAGCGAAGGAAGAGACGUGCUGGAAAAAAAAAAAAAAAACAUUGCUCUUCGAUGAACUAACUCUUUGAAUCAGAGCCUCCGAACCGCUUCAGGGAGUCUACGAGGAAAUUCUAUCGCUUCAAUUGGACCGGAUUCAAAUGAUUUUAAUUAUGACACCGUUUUUGCACGUUCAUGUUACUUCCCUCACAGGAGGACGACAGAUGAGGUUUUUGUGCAGACCCAGAGUACGGACUGAAACAUUGUGUUAUUGAUCCGGACGCGGUUUUGCAGGGUAACCGUUUUUUUUUUCUCUCACGAGGGCAUUCGAUAUUGAAGAGGUCCUCUGAAUCAGUCCGUUUCCACACACUGAUUCGGUCACUCCAGCAGAAUUCAGAGGAAGCUUCUCUGAACAUCAAACCGGAGCCAACUUCCUUCAUAAUGUGAACAUGGAGUGCUUUGCUCAAAUGUUUUUAAAUUAACCAUCGAAUAUUUAUAGCAUUAGAAAAGCAAUUACGGAUUGAUAACAUCAUCAUGUAUUUUUAGUCCAUCAUCAGAUCAGCUUUCUUUUCUUUUUCCCUGUUGUUUUGGGCCGGACAGACAAUUCUAUGUGUUUUACUUCUAGUUGCUGCUGAUUUUAUUCUGCUUGAGUUGUUUUCAGAGCUCAAUGGCUUUUAUCAGUGCUUUGACGUGACGAGGAAGUGUUUUCAGAAGCCGUCAGCUGUGCAUUAUGGGUAAAUCAAGAUGUCAUUUCAAUUAGAUACGCUUCCACAAUUAGCUGGUGAUGUAAUUUGACAAAAAUAUCACAGGGUCCAACGGCUAAAGUGCUUGUUUUUCAUUUUUGUAACCCAUCACAAACAUCAACUCGCACUUCUUUCUUUUUAUUGUAGCUCGUUUUGCUAUGAAAAGAUCAUUCCAUCAUUUUAUUGUAUUAUAUUUUGCUGCCGUUUUUCUCUUUAGUCAUUUUUAUUCCACAUCUGUAAAUACAUCUGAACUGUUUUCUAAUUCUCACGUCGAAGAUGUUUUAUUCGAGGCACAAGCAAAUAAAAAUCUAUUCAGUUUA